GUCUCAUGUGACAGUGAGUGAGUAAUAAACUACAAUCAAGCAAGCUGAAUUUGAUGCGUUGAUUUUUUAAAGCUUUACCCAACGAACUUAGUUACAACAUUUGUAUGUGACAUUGAUUAAACAAGUAUUUUUAUAAUGUCCUCUUUUACUCAACUCUGUCGUUUGAGUAAUUACUUUGUAGGGAGUUACAAAACAGUUCUACACGGAAGAACGAAUUGGGCAAGUCCGAUACAAGUAUGCAGCUAUACGAGGAAAUCUGCGGAGGAGAAGCUUGGCUUGGAGAAACCAAAGCGUCCAUUGACACCAUUCUUCAAGUUUAUGACACAAAUGAGGCCAGCACUCCUUGCCAAAAACCCAGGGAUUUCAUCCAAGGAUGCGAUUUCAUGGACAUCCAAGCACUGGCAACAGUUAGACAUAGAGACUAAAAAUCAAAUGGCAAAGGAAUAUGAGAAAGACUUAGAAGAUUACAAAAAGAUUAAAGCCAUGUAUGAGUCUUCUUUAACAGACAAACAGAAAGAAGAUAUAAAAAGGCUGAAAGAGGAAAUGGCUAUUGCCAAGGAAAAGAGGAAAACAAAAGCUGAAUACAAAGAGCUUGGACGUCCUAAAAAGCCUAUGUCUUCAUAUUUUCUAUUCACUCAAUCUAGAAGUGAAGUAUUUAAAGGCAAAGCUUUGAAAGAGUUCCAAGAAGAAAUUAAGAAAGAAUGGAUUAAGUUACCUGCUAGUGAAAAAGUCAAGUUUGAAAAGCAAGCCAGUGAUCUCAUGGCAAAGUAUAAGAAAGAUCUAGAAGCAUGGGAAUUAAAAAUGAUAUCAAUAGGUCGCACAGACCUCGUUCGCAACAAACCUCUGCGAGAGAAAAAACCAAAGGCGGUAAAGAAACAAUAGGAACUCGGGUGCUCUGACGAAACACUUGACUCAAGCCAUUCUGACAUUGUACAAAGUAUUGAUAAGCAUACUUCCACUAGUCCAGACACAUUCAUCUCAAAUAAAGAAACUAAAGUUCCUCCAAGUUGUGUAACAUCAGAGGCAAGUCGUCAGAGCACGGGUGACGUAGGCCUUUCCGAUAAGGCGUCGGUACCUCAGUCGGUACAAUCUGACCAACCUAAACAGAGUAAGAAUAUAUUCAGUAGUAUUAAAAACUUUUUUAAUCGUUAAGCUAGUUUCGUAGAUCUUGAUCACAUUUUGUUUUCAGUUGUAUUAUAGUGUCAUUAAACAGUUUAUUCUUA